GGUUGGUCCGCCAUAUCAUUCGUGUGGGUCUGUGCUUGUGUGGUUUGGGUGUCUUACCGGUGCCAACCAUUAUUUUUAAUUAGUAAUAAGUUAUGCGUAUGAAUCCAGACAUGGACGAUGACGAGAAGGGAAAACUGUUUGUCGGUGGGCUAUCAUGGGAAACGUCCCAGGAGAAUCUUCAGCGCUACUUUUCGCGCUACGGCGACGUCAUCGACUGCGUCGUGAUGAAGAACAGCGAGUCUGGCCGCUCCAGGGGAUUCGGUUUCGUCACAUUUGCCGAGCCAUCCCUGGUGAACGUAGUGCUGCAGAACGGUCCCCAUCAACUUGAUGGCAGGACAAUCGAUCCAAAGCCGUGCAACCCGCGCACCCUGCAAAAGCCGAAGCGCGGCGGUGGCUACCCCAAGGUGUUCCUGGGCGGUCUGCCCUCCAACAUCACGGAGACCGAUCUGAGAGUGUUCUUUGGCCGCUAUGGCAAGGUCAUGGAGGUCGUCAUCAUGUACGACCAGGAGAAGAAGAAAUCUAGAGGCUUCGGUUUCCUGUCGUUUGAAGAUGAGAUAUCCGUGGAGCGAGUGACCCAGGAGCAUUUCAUUAACCUUAAUGGGAAACAGGUGGAGAUCAAGCGCGCGGAGCCGCGUGACGGGUCCGGCAAGCUCGGGUCGGGCGGCAGCGGGCUCGGCGGCGGCGGCAUGGGCGGCGCGCCCGGCGACCAGCCCGCCGCCGGCCAGUGGGGCCCGCCGCAGGCCGCGCCCAUGAACAUGAUACAGGGCCACAACGGCCAGAUGGGCGGCCCGCCGAUCAACAUGCCGAUGGCCGGACCGAACAUUAUGCAAGGGUACCAGGGCUGGGGCACGUCGCCCGGGCAGACGUCGUACGCGGGCUACGGCGCGGCGGGCGGCGGCGCGGGCCCGGGCAACUACCAGGGCUGGGGCGCGCCGCCCGGCCCGCAGGCGCCGCCGCACGCGCCCGCCUGGCCCGCCACCAACAACUACACGCAGCACGCGCAGCCGCCCGCGCAGGGCUACGGCAGCUACGCGAACUACAGCUCGGCGCCGGCGGGCGCGUCUGCGGGCGGCAGCUGGACCAACUGGAACAUGCCACAGAACUCCAACUCCACCGGCUCCGCCGGGUCGUACGUGCCGCUGUCGGAGGGCGGCGAGAUGUACGGGCGCGGCGGCGGCGGCGCGGGCGGAGCUGCACCGCUCGCCGGCGCGCUCUCCUCCGCCGCGCUCUCCAAGAGCUCGUCCGCGGACUACUCCACCUACCAGCAGUACCCGCCCGCCUACCAGCAGGACCAGGGCUCGUACGGCGGCGCGGCGCGGUACGCGGCGGGCGGCGAGCUGCCCCCCCACCAGCCAGGUGACGACUAUGAGUACACUGGGGCGUCGGGAGAUGGCUACCAGAAGACGUCCAAGCGAAGCUACCACGGAUCCUCGGGCUCUGCUUCCGCGUCAUCAUACCAUCCCUAUAGGCGUUAGCGAGUGAUCGACUCGUCGCUCGGUCAUGCUAGCCUGGUACCUGCGAUUUUAGACGACUAGCUGGCGGUUCUGACAUUUAUAAAAAAUAUUCCUACACUAUUUAAAUAAUAACACAUAGAAGUUAAAGCUAUAUCUUUUAUACAUAUAUUUUUGACGUAUUUGAAAAAAUACUAAAUAAACGCAUUUUGAAAUAUUCUCGGGUUCCGGUAAGUAGAACCGCACGGCAACGAUCGUUUUUGAAUAUACUUGUAAAAUAAUUGUAUCUUUUCUACGAGCAAUCAUUGAGUUUUUAAAUACAUUUUUAACGGAAUCAAGCCUAUGGGAAUGAGACGCUCUCGGUUUUCUCGUGUCAGACGUACUGCAAUCGUCUUAUAGACAUGAUUCCGUGUUAUUUUUAAGACGUUAGCAUAGUUUUCUAUUUUGAUACAUUUUGGAUUUACGACGAGUGGAAUCUAAAAAUUUACAGUUGUAACUUAUAACUUUCCAAUAUGAAACGCUUUCAUAAAAAUUAUAGGACAAAAUCAUAUUUUGUAUGAUGUUUUCGACAUAAAAGCUAUUUAAAUUGCAUUACGAAUGUACCUUUUAUUCUUAAAUAUUUGUGUAUAAGGAUUAAGAUAAAUUUGAUGAAAUUAAAUAUCAUACCGCCAUUUUGCGAUUAUUGUAAGUUUAGAAUCUUUCUACCUCUGGUAUAGUAUCCGUUUGGACAAAAAGCAUUUACUUUUCCUUAAUUAAGGCCAUAUACGUUGAUUUGAUACACAAAACAAUUAAAAAUUUUCAGUUAUUCACAUUUUGACUUGGUUUAAUCGAAAAGUGUUGUUUUCCAUUUAUUGUUAUGCAUGAUAUUCGGUCAAUGUUGGCCAAAAUUGUCUGGUGAGACAUUCUUCUGUUUAUUUUGACUGUGUUCUGUUUACUUCAAAUAAAAAUACUAAUAUCUGUAA